GAUUUCGGGGCAGCCCCCUCCCCCACCCCUCCCUGGCCUCCUUGCACCCCUAUUUUUUCUGCGUUUCGCUCCGGUUUUGCAGCCGUCUAUUUUUGCAUCCCUUUUCAUUUUGUUUCUAGAAGGUUUGGGGGGGUGAGGCUGCACCGCACCCCUUCCCCUUUCUAACCUCCCCUGCUCUGACAGUCCCCCUUUUCAUCGUAGCUGGGGGGCCUAGGAUUCGUGCAUCCUACGCCGCGCUGCCAGCACCCCGCAGCGCGUGGCCGUGCGCCCCGGAAUUUGCAGCAGCUGCCUAGCUGAGGAGGGUCUCCCUCGCCCCCGCUGCCUUUGCUCCCCGCGCGUUCCGGAGCGUGGGGGGGGGGGGCUUCUGCGCGCCGCACCCCAGCUUCUCCGCAGCCCCCCGCCCCGCGCGGGACUCGUCCCCCGCUGCCAAGAUGGUCAUCCAGAAGGAGAAGAAGAGCUGCGGGCAGGUGGUUGAGGAGUGGAAGGAGUUCGUGUGGAACCCGAGGACGCACCAGUUCAUGGGCCGCACCGGCACCAGUUGGGCCUUUAUCCUCCUUUUCUACCUCGUGUUCUAUGGCUUCCUCACGGCUUUGUUCACCCUCACCAUGUGGGUCAUGCUGCAGACUGUCUCUGACCAUACCCCCAAGUACCAGGACCGACUGGCCACACCGGGCUUGAUGAUUCGCCCCAAGACGGAGAAUCUUGAUGUCAUUGUCAACGUCAGUGACACUGAGAGCUGGGACCAGCACGUUCAGAAGCUCAACAAGUUCCUGGAGCCUUACAAUGAUUCCAUCCAAGCCCAAAAGAAUGACGUGUGCCGCCCUGGGCGCUACUACGAACAGCCGGAUAAUGGAGUUCUCAACUACCCGAAGCGUGCCUGCCAGUUCAACCGAACCCAGCUGGGCAACUGCUCUGGCAUCGGGGACCCGACCCACUAUGGGUACAGCACUGGGCAGCCCUGUGUCUUCAUCAAGAUGAACCGGGUCAUCAACUUCUACGCCGGAGCCAACCAGAGCAUGAAUGUCACCUGUGUGGGGAAGAGAGAUGAAGAUGCUGAGAAUCUCGGCAGCUUUGUCAUGUUCCCUGCCAACGGCAACAUCGACCUCAUGUACUUCCCCUACUAUGGCAAAAAGUUCCACGUGAACUACACGCAGCCCCUGGUGGCUGUGAAGUUCCUGAACGUGACCCCCAACGUGGAGGUGAACGUGGAAUGCCGGAUCAAUGCUGCCAACAUCGCCACGGACGACGAACGGGACAAAUUCGCCGGCCGCGUGGCCUUCAAACUCCGCAUCAACAAAACCUGAGGCCCCUUCCUCCUGCCCCCACCUCUUUCCUCUGGAUGCUUCUGGAAUGUCCCUGACCCUGCCUGAUCCCUCCCUCACCCACCCCAAAGGUAUUUUUUAUAACAGAGCUAUGACUUGUUGGAGCCUCGUGCCCUUUUCCUUUACUUGUGAACCCAGCCUGACAGCCAUUUGUGAUUCCCAGCCCUCAGUUUCCCCCC